AUGUCGGUCAAGGAGGCUGGCCAGAACCAGACAUUCGAACAGAACGAGCGCCUGCGCGAGCUCUACGCUGCCAUCUCGAACGGCGCCAACUCGUUCCUCUUCUCAGAGUACAAGCUGUGUACCGUGUUCGUCGUCUUCCUCGCCGGUGUGAUCGUCGGCCUCGUCUCGUGGUCCUCCGGCCGCGAGACCGCCAUCUUCACCGCCACCUCGUUCGUCGUCGGCGCACUCACUUCGAUGCUCUCGGGAUACAUCGGCAUGCGCGUCGCGGUCUUCUCCAACGCUCGCUGCACCGUCGGCGCGGUCAAGCCGGCGCCGCACGGCUGGACAGAGUCGUUCAACACGGCCUUCCGCGCUGGCGGAGUUAUGGGCUUCUCUCUCUGCGGCCUGGCGCUCCUCUGCCUCUACGCGCUCGUCGUCUUCCUCGCCCCCUCCUUUUCGUGGGGCACGACCGCCGGCGCGAUGAAGCUGUUCGACUGCAUAGCGGGCUUUGGGCUCGGAGGCUCUGCCGUCGCCAUGUUCGGCCGCGUGGGCGGAGGCAUCUACACAAAGGCGGCGGACGUGGGCGCCGACUUGGCGGGCAAGGUGGUGGAGGACUUGCCCGAGGACGACCCGCACAACCCGGGCACGCUCGCGGACAGCUGUCCUGUAGGCACGAUCGCGGACAACGUCGGCGACAACGUCGGCGACGUGGCGGGGAUGGGCUCGGACCUGUUUGGCUCGUUUGGCGAGGCGAGCUGCGCCGCGAUGCUCGUCGGCGCCUCGUCGCCCGGCCUGGUCGCCGCGGGCUGGGCGGCGCUCAUGUUCCCGCUCACCAUCUCCGGCGCCGGCAUCGUCGUCUGCCUGGUCACUUCCUUCUUUGCCACCAACUUUUGCCCGGCGCGCGCGCGCGCGCGUGCGCACAUCGAGGGCGCGCUCAAGCUGCAGCUCUUCGUCUCGGCCCUCCUGAUGACGCCCGUCGUCUGGUGGCUCUCCUCGUCCUUCCUCCCCACCUCGUUUGCCGUCUCUGGCGCCUGCGCGACGCCGACCGGCGCCUUCGCCUGCGUCGCCUUCGGGCUGUGGGGUGGCUGCGCCAUCGGCUUCAUCACCGAGUACUACACGUCCUUCUCGUACCGCCCCGUCGUCGAGGUGUCCGAGUCGUGCCGCACCGGCGCCGCCACAAACAUCAUCUUUGGGCUUGCGCUCGGGUACAAGUCCGUCGUCCUCCCCGUCUUCAUCCUCGCGGGCAUCAUCUUCGGCUCGCACCGCCUCGCGGGCAUGUAUGGCAUUUCGCUCGCCGCGCUCGGCAUGCUUGCCACCCUCGCCACCUGCCUCACCAUCGACGACGCGGACUCCGCUGCAUUCGUCCGACCGGUCUGUGACAACGCGGGCGGCAUCGCCGAGAUGUGCGAGCUGCAUCCGUCGGUGCGCGAGAAGACGGACGCGCUCGACGCGGCGGGCAACACCACCGCCGCCAUCGGCAAGGGCUUCGCCAUCGGCUCCGCCUGCCUCGUCGGCGUCGCCCUCUUCGGCGCCUUUGUGACGCGGCUGAACGACACGGGCGCCAAGGUGACCGUGGACCUACUCGACCCGCUCACCUUUGCUGGCUUGCUCGUCGGCUCGAUGCUGCCGUACUGGUUCUCGGCCAUGACGAUGAAGUCGGUUGGCAAGGCGGCCAACGAGAUGGUGAUCGAGAUCAAGCGCCAGUUCGACGCCAACCCGAACCUGCUCAUCCCCAACCACCCCGACCGACCCGACUACGACCGGCGCGGGAGAUAUAGGGGAGAUAUAGGGGAGAUGUCCCGACCCAUAGGCGCGCUCGUCAUGUUUGCGCCGAUCGUCGCCGGCGUCGUCUUUGGCACCAAGAGUGUGACCGGCCUGCUCGCCGGCGGCAUCGCCUCGGGCGUGCAGAUGGCCGUGUCGGCCUCCAACACGGGCGGCGCGUGGGACAACGCCAAGAAGUACAUCGGCAAGGGCGGCCUCAACGACCUGAUCGCGCGCGUGGAGCCCGACGUCGUCAACGAGCUCGGCGACGUGAAGCAGAAGAAGUCGCAGAUCUACAAGGCGGCCGUCACGGGCGACACGGUCGGCGACCCGCUCAAGGACACGUCCGGCCCCGCGCUCAACAUCCUGAUGAAGCUGAUGGCCAUCAUUUCGGUCGUCUUUGCGGACGUCUUCCUCGCCGUCAACAAGGGCGACGGCCUCAUCGCGAGCUGGUUGUAG